CGGGCAAAAGCGUGGGUGGGCAGGCCUUCACCACCCGAGCGAGGGCGUGGGUGGAUGAAGGCCGCCUGAGCGUGGGUGGGCCGGACGGGGAAGCGAAACGUGGCGUCGGCGCCCGCAGAGUUCCACAACAAAUCCCGGGUGGCGAGGUCCGCGUCUCGGCCGCAGGAUGGCUCGCGUCUGAGGGAAUUUCCGUGCUGAUCCUCAUGCGACUGACCCGGUCUGCAGUGUACACAAUGUUGCAGACACAUGCAGAAAAAGACCGCAUUGUCACCUCUCUCCCUCCACCUUUCAUACGCCAAGCAACUCCUUAUAAUCAGGAUGACUUUGACGAAGCUGUUAAGAACGCAGCCAAUGCAAACUGUACACUUCAAGCUGGACUCAAGAUAUCGAAGAUGAUUGUGCUUGGAGAUGUUGCUACAGGCAAGACUUGCUUGGUUAAUAGGUUUUGUCACCAGGUUUUUGAUUCUAAUUACAAAGCGACAAUAGGAGUUGACUUUGAAGUGGAGAGAUUCGAUAUUUUGGGAAUUCCCUUUAAUUUACAGAUAUGGGAUACGGCAGGCCAGGAGAGGUUUAAAUGCAUAGCUGCAUCCUAUUACAGAGGUGCUCAUGCUGUGAUGGUUGUGUUUGAUGUGACAAAUGUUGUGACUCUUGCACACACGGCUCAGUGGCUUGAGGAGGCACGCGAGGCAAAUAUCAAUAGCUGUCCUUUGGUCUUUCUUGUGGGCACAAAACGAGAUCUUAUGAGUGAGGGAGCCUACAACCAGAUUGAAGCACAGGCUCGUCGUGUAGCUCACGGUCUUGGGGCUGAGUAUUGGGCUGUGUCAUCGAAGACGGGAGAUAACGUGGAAGCCCUGUUCAUGCGGCUGGCUGCUCUAACCUUCAACCGUGAUGUAUUGCAGGAGGUGAAAGGCUGUGACACUCGCAAAUUCUCUGGGACUGUCAAAAUAGGUGAACGGCUGGAUGAUACAUAUGAGACAGCUAAGAAGUCGAAGUGUGCUUCAGGGCACUGCAACAAGUGAUAAGAGGUUGCAGCUGUUGACAAGGCAGCCCGAUGUCGUCUGUCUCUCUCCACUUGACGUAACCACUCGCCUUUACGCAACUGCUUGCCUUUACCUAUACGUUUCUAUACCGUCCAUGGACUGCCUCCGAUUGCCAGUAUUUUUCUACUCAAACUUAAAUCUCUAAUUUCAUAUGAUAUAAAUGUAAUUGUAGUAUCUUCAAUAAACUUAAAAGUGUUU